AUGAAGGAGCUAGAUCAGACAAGCGAAGAUGCCAAAGUCGAGCUUAACGCCACAUGGAAGCAAUUUUUUGACACGCACCAUCGAUCAUUAGAGGAUCAUUCUUGCUUGACAUCUGAGUUGAGUGCAGCAACAUGCAAGUCACAUUUGCUAAAGAUUCGAGACAAAUCCCAGCUCAUUUGCUCAUUGGCUGAGGAAAAACUCGCACUUGCUCUUUCUGCAUACGACACUGUGGAUCGACAGAUUCGUCGUCUAGACAUUGACCUUUUAAAAAAUGAACGCAGCUUAUACGCAGGACUUCGAAAAGAGCUUGAAUCUUCCAACUCUAUGGAAUCCUCAACGUCCAGUACUCCAGUCCCCAAAGACUCUGACAGGUUCUCGCCCUCCGGUCAACUGUUGACAUUUUGGAGCGCCCUCAUUUCUUUGGAUCCACUCGUUUGCCUUGAAUACCUAAAAGAGCACAUGCAAAGCAAUCGAGGAAUGCCGCAUAAUGUACAAGGUCAUGAGCGCCCUCGUGACGCCAAACCAAGUUCUCCUAAGACGUCCUCUGACUCUUCUGUGCCUAUCGAGCACAUAGACGCUGAUCCAAGUGAGCCAAAAUAUUGCUACUGUCAGAGAGUAUCAUAUGGUGAGAUGGUAGCUUGUGAUAAUGAUGACUGUCCAUGCGAAUGGUUCCACAUCGGCUGCAUUGGCUUGAACCAUCCGCCAAAGGGAAAAUGGUUUUGUCAAUUUUGUGCGCCAUCAAAUUGGAAGGGCACUGGUGUCCGUGUUCCCCUUGAUGCACCUAGACGUCCUGAGUAG